CAAAAUUCUUGGUGAUCUUUCAAAUUUUGUUAAGUGUUAAAGUUUGUUACAUUAGUAUCAGCUUGUGCCAAUGUCUAACUGCAUGUUGUUUGAGAAUAAUUUAAUGACUAUGGUCUGCCUUGGAGAAGUUUUACUUAUAUUUUGUCAUCUACUUCCCAUAGUAGGCAAAACUGAUUCCGAAUCAAACACUUUAAACACAGUAAUGGAGUUUAACAGAACGGACAACCAAAUUGUGGACAAGAAAACACUAAGGAUUUUUAUGAAUAACAACCCCACCACAAAAAGGCUCCUCAUAAAUACUCAAAGGAAGAAAAUCAAUUUUGAAAAUCUGUUGAAUAAGUACCAUAACAAACCAAUCAACAUAACAUCAACUUGUACCCCUUUUUUUGUUCAAAAGACAAAGAUGGCUCAUAGAAAAAAACAGAGAUUGAAGAAACCCAUAGGUAUGAGUACAGGAAAAACAAUUGAUCCACCAUCAACUGAAUCACUCCAAGACAAAGGGAAAAUUAUUCAUUCCAAACACUCAACAGCAUAUUUUUCUGCUGCAAGUAGUUCAAGUACCUCAGAUGAUAAAAUUAUGCAGAAGAAAAAGAUAUCAAACACAAUUGACUUGCUAAAAUCUUGUUUACCAAAAAACCGCUCCUACAUUGAAUCCGGUUUGAGUUACGAUGGCUUGUCAAACACUCCUUUGAAUGGAAACCAGAUCACCCUAGACCCUAGAACAGUCAAGUACAAUAUAACAUCUGGAACAAAGAUGUAUUCUGCUACAAGAGAAAGCCUGUUGUCUUUGAAACACAAAUCCCAUCUUCUCCAAUUCAGGACGUUCUCGACAAAGAAUGUAGGCCUAUCACUGAAAUUCCUUUAA